AUGUUUGCUGAUGACACAAAUAUUUCUACUCACGGUAAAACUGACACUGAAAUACAAGAACGCUUAAAUGCCGACUUAGAAAAUGUGCACCGAUGGCUAACUUCAAAUAAACUCACUCUUAAUAAAAAGAAAACUGAAUACAUGAUUGUUGGCUCACGACAACGCAUUUCUAAUAUUUUAACAGAUCCUAUAGUCAAACUUGGUGACUCAACAAUAAAGCGAGUCAACAAAUCUAAAACAUUGGGG